CUUAUCUAGAGGUGCAGCACAGGGGAAUUGGGCCAUAGUGGAUGACUCUAGCCCUAACUCCAGGGUCAAGUUUUACAUCAAUGUGUGUAGUCCUUUAAAGGAGGUCCGUGUGGGGGCGGGCUGUAGUCCUUUUGCUGCUGUGUGUCAGACUGGCUACAAGAAUGGACAGGAGGAAUUGCUGUUUGAUAAUCUUGGGGAGGUGACAUCAGGCCCCACUGUAGAUCGGGAGGGUCAGCUUACACUCCGAUACGUCAGUGUAAAGAGUGAGUGUCAGGAUAUCAACAGCCAGAGGAAGAACUGGACCACCAGCAUUCACUUUGUCUGUAAGAGGGGAGCACUG